ACCAUUUCAAAUUUGUGCGCGCCGAACUACCGAAGCCCAUCGAGACGCAUCAUUUUUCUCCGAAAAUUUAAAACCCCACGUUUUCCGCCAUUUCGUUUUCCCCUGCCGGAGAAAAUACAACGACGACAACAACAAUGGACAACGGCACCCCAAAAACGGGCCCUAACACCGUCACCAUUCGUCGGAACCCUCCGCGUAGAGCUCGUCCUACUCCUCAAGGAAUCACACCAUUCCCUCACGAAGAAAUUUUGUCUACGCAACCACUACAAAGUCAAAAUCCGUCAACUUCAGAGAACGAGAAUCUGAAAGUUUUCCUCAGAAUCCGACCAAUUCAACCCCCCGAUCAAGCUCCACGCGCGAGAGCCAAAUCAGCGUGGCCGAAGAAUCCAACAAAAAAGAUUACAGCAGUGGUUAACACUUCAAAGAAAAAGAGCUCCACAACGUGCAUAUCAAUCAAUGAUUCACAGUCAGUGACGUUAUCAGUUCCGUCGGAUUUGCAUGAAUCGAAGAGAGUUAAAUCAGAAACAUACGGUGGUUUCUCUCACGUUUUUCCUUCCGAUUCAUCUCAGUUUGAAGUGUACGAGAGAAUGGUGAAACCCUUGGUGGAGGAUUUCCUCAAGGGUAGAAGUGGAAUGUUGGCUGCAUUGGGUCCCAGUGGCUCCGGGAAGACUCACACCGUGUUCGGAUCCCCGAGGGAUCCUGGAAUGGUACCUCGUGUUCUACACCAUAUUUUCAAUGAGACUGAGCCAGAUGGCAAACAUAAUUCUAGGUCCUUUUACAUAGCAAUAUUCGAGAUAUAUUCUGAACGGGGAAAAGCAGAAAAACUGUUUGAUUUAUUACCAGAUGGCGGUGAACUAAGUAUGCAGCAGUCCACCGUAAGAGGCCUGAAAGAGGUUCUCAUCUGUAACGCCGAACAGGCAGAAUCGUUGAUAGCACAAGCUGUGAUAAAACGUGCAACGGCAAUGACAAAUACAAACAGCCAGUCAAGCCGGUCACAGUGCAUCAUAAAUAUUCGCGAUGUUCCCCAAAAAUGUAUAGGAGUGGUCAAUCCUAAGUCAAAUGAUGCUGUUUUGACCAUCAUUGACCUUGCUGGAGCCGAAAGAGAAAAAAGAACAGGAAAUCAGGGGACAAGAUUGCUUGAAAGCAAUUUUAUCAACAACACAUUGAUGGUGUUCGGCUUAUGUUUAAGAUCUCUAUUGGAGCACCAAAAAAAUCCCAAGAAACAAUUGCAGAAGCACUUCCAAAAUUCUAUGUUAACUAGGUAUCUGCGAGAUUAUUUGGAGGGCAAGAAGCGCAUGACCUUGCUUUUAACAGCGAAGUCAGGAGAGGAUGAUUAUCUUGAUACUUCUCACCUACUUAGACAGACUUCUCCUUACAUGCAAAUUAAGUAUAAUGAAGUUGAUCCAUCACAUAUGGUUUCCAAAAAAAGGCAUCACCAAGCUUCUUCCAUAAUUGAUAAUGCAAAACAGUCACCUUCAUUAGCACAUUUAAAGAGAAUGAAACUCAUUAGGGAACAUACUGUGGAGAAUGAUGAAAAGGGUGUUGAAGAUUGUAACACUUCUAAGAAAGAUACUUCAACAGUGUGUAAAUUAGAUACCAGUAAUUCUGUCUCUUUCAAAUCAGAGUCUGACAGCCAUGUCAGGAAUGAGAGAAGUCACAUUAUAAUGAGGAAUUUUGCAAGAGCGUUAUGGAAUGUAUUGAAGGAAUGUAAUUCCAAACUGACGGUUGCGGAUAAGGAACUACAAAGUCUAAAAGAAAGCAUUGAGCAUGAAAAGAAAAAAAAUCUAGGGUUGGAAACACAGCUGGAUGAGUUUAGAGCUUCCUGUACUUGUUGCAAAGGAAUAAAUGUAAAAACUGUUACUGAAGAUUAUUCAUCAGUCGAUCCUGAUCACCCACAUAAUUUGUACCAACAGGAAAUGUUUAACGCAGAGUCGUCAUCUGAGCCUAGAAUUGGCCUGUCAGAUAAAGAGCAUAUGCUAGGUACUACCUGUACGGAUUUAGAUUCUGAAAAAUCGGAUAGGGAAGUUUCAAUCUCCUCAUCAAAGUCAGAACAUGAUAAUGUUUUGAAGGUUGAAGUUGUGAGCAAGGAAACAUAUAAUGCAGAGUCAUCAUCUCAACUGAGACUUGAACAGUCAAAUGACGAGCAUAUGCUUGGUACUGCCUGUACAGAGUUAGACUCUGAAAAAUCAGAUAGGAAAAUCUCGGUCUCCUUGUUGAAUUUGGGGUGUCAUAAUGCUUUUGAGGUGGACGUUGUGAGCAAGAUACUUAGUGAAACAUUUGAUGCACAACCGUUAUCUGACCCUAGGCUUUACAUGUCCAAUGAAGAGCCUAUGCUUGGUUCUCCUCGUACACAUUUUGAUUCUGAAAAAUCAGAUAGGGAAGUCUCUGUCUCAUUGUCUGAGCCUGGGCAUCAUAAUGCUUUGGAGGUUGAUUCUAUGUGCAAGAUACCUAGUGAAACAUUUCCUGCAGAGUCAUCAACUGAUCCUAGAAUUGACCAGUCAGACGCAGAGCAUAUGCUUGGUACUACCUGUACGAAGUUAGAUUCUGAAAAAUCAGACAGGGAACUUUCUGUCUCAUCGUCAAAGCCAAGACAUCAUAAUGCUUUGGAGGAUGGUGCUGUGGGCAAGACACCUUGUGAAACAUUUCAUUCAGAGUCAUCAUCUAAGCCUAGACUUGACCAGUCAGAUGAAGCACAUAUGCUGGGUUCUACCUGUAGAGUGUUAGAUUCCGAAAAAUCAGAUUGGGAAGUCGCUGUAUCCUUGUCAAAGCCAAGACUUCAUAAGCCAUUUGAGGUUGAUGCUCUGAGGAAGAUACCUAAUGAAACAUUUAAUGCAGAGGCAUCAUCUGAGCCUAGACUUAACCAGUUGGAUGAAGGGCAUAUGCUUGGUGCAAUCUGUACGGAGUUGGUCUCAGAAAGAUCAGAUAGGGAAGUUUCAGUCUUUUCGUCAAAGCCGGAGCAUCAUAAUGCUUUGGAGGUUGAUGCUGUGAAUAUGAUACCUAAUGAAGCAUGUCAUGCAGAGUCAUCAUCUGAGCCUAGAUUUGACCUUUCGAAUGAAGCGCCUAUGCCUGGUCCUUCUUGUACACUGUUAAAUUCUGAAAAAUCAGAUAGUAUAGUCUCUAGGGGUGUUUCGGUCUCCUCUUCGAAACCUGAGGAUCAUAAGGCUUUGGGAGUUGAUGAUGUUCGCAAUAUGCCAAGUGAAUUGUUAGUUUCUUCCUUAUCAACAAAAAGUGACAUUUUGGAUUCUUCAACGGCCAAAGAUGUUUCAUCUACUAAAAUCCCGAGUGAUUUAGAAGUCAAUAACUCCUGCAAACCUUCUAGGCCUAAAAGGACACUUAUGCCUUCCUCCUCCGUGUUAUCAAGGGACUUGAGCACCUUUGAUCUUAUCGACGAAUCUGAGAAAUUAAAGGGGAACAGGAACACAAGGAAGUUGGCUGCACCUGAUCCUAAAAGAUCAAAUGGAAGUAUCUCUCUGCUCCACAUGCUACAAAGUAGAAAAAGUAAUCUUCGUCUAUAGGGCAGCCGCCUAACCCUUUUUCUAUAAAAUGUUGAAAUGUUAUGCUUGGGACAAGGGAGAGAUGUCUGGACUUGGUAUGUGAUUGGUGUCGACUUGCCCUUUUGGAUUAUGCCUUAGAGUUAUAUGCUUUAUUUACUUGGAUUAAUUAGUUACAGUUAACAAGUCCGAUGUUUGUAAGUAGUUAUACGAUUUUAGUGACAUAGCAUAGCAAAAAGUGUUGAAACUGUUGAUGUGUGUAUAUAUAUAUAACUCCUAGCCCACAGAAAUGAAAUCCCAUUCUUUCCCGUUAGUUUCAACUCACAUUUCCAAUGUAUCAUGUAUGUUAUUAUUAUCAAUUACCCUCAUGCAUCUAUGCUCA